AUGAUCGAAAUAGAGGAUGUCUUCCAGGCAGAUGCAAAGGAAGAGAGAGGGAUUGGCGACGUGGACGACAGCGAGGCUGCUUUGGGGGGACGAGGGAAGGAAAACGGCGGGAGUGACGAAUCCCCCAAAGACGCUAAAACAAAUCAGGAAAGGCAAUUGCGUGAGGGCUUGGCGAUAGCAACGUGUAGCUCACCGAGUAUUGACAACGACCGGGCGUUCCGUUUUGACUACGUGCCCAAUGGCGAAUUCUCGGCGGCUGGUGGUACCGUGAUGUCCCAGUAUGCAGAUAUUGUCCCCGCGGGCCCGCGCACAUGGGAUGUGAUAUCCAACAUACUGCACAUUACUACGCGCUGUGUCCCGUUUAGUUUUUUGCAUCUCGUCGCUUCUCGACCUCUCGAGGCUCGCGCGGCUGCUAAACGAAAACCUAGUGUUCCCUCUGGUAAAAGUGGAGAAUAUUGCGCAGGAUCUUUCCUUGCCUCUCCUUUGAUCGUCAAGCUUGCGAAUGCCUUGUUCAAUACAGAUUUGCAGAGAUUAGCUGCCCUCUCUUCUACAACAAGCGUAGGAACACCACAACCCGUGAAUUUGAGAAUGUUGCUCAAGGGAGAGAAGAGCCUGUCAAGUACGGAGUAUGAAACGGCGGAAUACACAUGGAGUUCGCUCCAUCUCAAGUCGGAAAAUUACACAGAGCCGCGAUUACGUGGCUCCGUUCGCACGCUCAUUGGUGAUCGCUGUGGGAAGAACGGCGGGCUAUUCCUGUUUGGAGAUGGCCUGCCGCUCACUGUCUGCAAGCCCAUGCACGACAUUCCUUGCCAGAGCUUGAAUCGCAAAGGCCUGGAAUCAAACAAGUUUUCAAAGCGCUGUCUUUGCUUGAAUGAGGACCAGAUUUUGGAUCUAAAGCCAACAGUUGCAAAUCUUCAACACCGCCAUCCAACUCAGAGCGUGCACAGUCUCAAAGAUUGCCUAGCUUACGUCGGCGCUCGAAACCGUUAUCCCAACACCCAAGUCUACCAUCCUUGUGUUUUCCAUUUCCGAUGUGACCCCGAAUCUGCGCCGGAAACAAACAGUUUUCCACCCCCGGCUACUUUCUUCAACGGGCACCCCACAUUGAAGGCCCCCGCAGAGGUAAUCUGA